AACCUACACUUCCCCUAUAAGCCCAAAACCCUUCUCCACGCUUCUCUUAUCUUCUCCAAGCUCAGUUUCUGCAUAACCACAAGCUCAAAAUCUCGAAUUAGGGUUUCAACCCAAUUCUCUCUAUUGGUUAUAGGAUUUUGAAUUGGUUCAUAUCCCUACUCCAAUUUCCACUCAUUGAGGUCCAUUUUUUCAUAGAAUUGUAUAAAAAAACCCUAGAAAAUGGCUUCCUCUACAGCUCAGAUUCACGUUCUAGGCGGUAUUGGGUUUUCUUCGUCCUCCUCUAGAAAACCCAGUUUUUCAUUUUCACCGAAGACUGUUUUCUUUGGCCAAAAUCUAAGGUCGCAAACGGCGGCGUUUCUGAGACACAGUAACACGACGAGGAGAAGAUAUAGCACUGGACCUUUGAGGGUAGUGAAUGAGAAGGUUGUUGGAAUCGACCUGGGUACCACGAAUUCUGCAGUUGCUGCUAUGGAGGGAGGGAAGCCAACUAUUGUUACAAACGCGGAGGGUCAGAGGACGACACCGUCGGUUGUUGCGUACACGAAGAAUGGGGAUAGACUUGUGGGGCAGAUUGCAAAGCGGCAGGCGGUGGUGAACCCGGAGAAUACGUUCUUCUCUGUGAAGAGGUUUAUUGGGAGGAAGAUGUCGGAGGUGGAUGAGGAGUCGAAGCAGGUUUCUUAUAGAGUAGUGAGAGAUGAGAAUGGAAAUGUUAAGUUGGAUUGCCCUGCAAUUGGCAAGCAGUUUGCUGCUGAGGAGAUUUCUGCUCAGGUUUUGAGGAAGCUUGUGGACGACGCCUCAAAGUUUUUGAAUGAUAAAGUGACUAAAGCUGUGGUCACAGUGCCUGCUUACUUCAAUGAUUCCCAAAGGACAGCGACAAAAGAUGCUGGACGAAUUGCUGGGUUGGAAGUUCUUCGCAUAAUCAACGAACCUACUGCUGCAUCAUUGGCAUAUGGGUUUGAAAAGAAGAACAAUGAAACCAUCCUGGUAUUUGACCUUGGUGGUGGCACUUUUGAUGUUUCAGUGCUUGAGGUUGGUGAUGGAGUUUUUGAAGUGCUCUCUACUUCAGGAGAUACACAUUUGGGUGGUGAUGACUUUGAUAAGAGAAUUGUUGAUUGGCUUGCUGGCAACUUUAAGAACGAUGAAGGCAUUGAUCUUUUGAAGGACAAACAAGCACUUCAGCGGCUGACUGAGACAGCUGAGAAGGCUAAAAUGGAGCUGUCAUCUUUGACUCAGACAAACAUUAGUUUGCCUUUCAUCACUGCUACUGCUGAUGGACCCAAGCAUAUUGAGACCACACUUACAAGAGCCAAGUUUGAGGAAUUGUGUUCAGAUUUGCUUGACCGGCUUAAAACACCAGUUGAGAAUUCCCUGAGGGAUGCAAAACUCUCCUUUAAAGACAUUGAUGAGGUGAUACUUGUGGGUGGAUCGACACGUAUCCCAGCUGUACAGGAACUUGUAAAGAAAAUGACUGGGAAGGACCCAAAUGUCACUGUCAAUCCAGAUGAAGUUGUUGCCCUAGGUGCUGCAGUUCAGGCUGGUGUUUUGUCUGGAGAUGUCAGUGAUAUUGUGCUGUUGGAUGUGACACCUUUGUCACUUGGGCUGGAGACUCUUGGUGGCGUCAUGACAAAAAUCAUCCCCAGAAACACUACAUUGCCCACAUCCAAAUCUGAGGUGUUCUCAACUGCUGCAGAUGGACAGACUAGUGUCGAAAUUAAUGUACUUCAGGGUGAGAGAGAGUUUGUUAGGGACAACAAAUCCCUUGGCAGCUUCCGCCUUGAUGGUAUCCCACCAGCACCACGAGGAGUUCCUCAAAUUGAGGUUAAAUUUGACAUUGAUGCCAAUGGUAUUCUUUCUGUUACUGCUGUUGAUAAAGGUACUGGCAAGAAGCAAGACAUCACCAUUACUGGUGCUAGUACCUUACCCAGCGAUGAGGUUGAGAGGAUGGUGAACGAAGCUGAAAAGUUUGCAAAGGAGGACAAGGAGAAGAGAGAUGCCAUUGACACAAAGAACCAGGCAGAUUCUGUUGUCUACCAGACGGAGAAGCAACUGAAAGAGCUAGGAGACAAGGUUCCAGCUCCAGUGAAAGAGAAGGUUGAGGCAAAACUCAAGGAGCUCAAGGAUGCAAUUGCAGAUGGAUCAACCCAAGGGAUGAAAGAUGCUAUGGCUGCUCUUAAUCAAGAAGUCAUGCAACUCGGCCAGUCCCUUUACAACCAACCGGGCGCAGGUGGUCCAGGCCCUGCACCUGGAGGUGAAGCUGGACCUUCAGAUUCAUCAAACAAAGGACCUGAUGGGGAUGUUAUUGAUGCAGACUUCACCGACAGCAAGUGAAAAGGCAAGUUGAGCUCCUUCCUGGUGAUGUGUAUAAGAAAUUGAUUCUGCCUGGUCGGGUUGCUGCAUUUUCAGACAUUUUUGCUCUUUGAAGGGAGGAAAGAAUUGUUUUUAGGAAUAUAGAGGACCAAGAACGUAAUAGCAAAUCCAUAAUAGUGUUCUUUUUUUUUUUUUUAAUAAUAUAAUAUUAUUUAGAUUUUAA